AAUUCCAAUUUUCUUUUGCAGACGUUUGUGGUAGUAAGCAAAGGAAAGGACAUCUUCAGGUUCAGUGCAACAGAUGCCAUGUGGAUACUUGAUCCGUUCAACCCUAUCCGAAGAGUGGCAAUUUACAUCCUUGUUCACCCUCUAUUUUCACUCUUCAUCAUCACAACCAUCCUGACCAACUGCAUCUUUAUGAUCAUGCCCACCACCCCAACAAUUGAAUCCACAGAAGUAAUUUUUACUGGCAUCUACACAUUUGAAUCGGCCGUUAAGGUGAUGGCCAGAGGGUUCAUUCUACAGCCUUUUACGUACCUUAGAGAUGCAUGGAACUGGCUGGACUUCGUAGUAAUAGCUUUAGCAUAUGUUACGAUGGGCAUAGAUUUAGGAAACCUGGCCGCCUUGAGAACUUUCAGAGUGUUGAGAGCAUUGAAGACUGUAGCCAUUGUCCCAGGGCUGAAGACCAUCGUAGGAGCUGUGAUUGAGUCUGUGAAGAACCUGCGGGACGUGAUCAUCCUCACCAUGUUCUCGCUGUCCGUGUUUGCCUUAAUGGGGCUCCAAAUUUAUAUGGGAGUCCUUACACAAAAAUGUAUCAAAAUUUUCCCCACGGACGGGUCUUGGGGAGAACUGAAUGACGAGAACUGGUUUAGGUUCAAUUCAAAUAAAUCUAAUUGGCAUGGUUCAGGCCCAGAAUAUAUAUUAUGUGGAAAUUCAUCAGGAGCUGGGCAAUGUGAAGAAGGGUACAUAUGCCUGCAAGGGUUUGGCCAGAACCCUAAUUAUGGGUAUACAAGUUUUGAUACAUUUGGCUGGGCACUUCUAUCAGCUUUCAGAUUGAUGACUCAAGAUUACUGGGAGAACCUGUACCAGUUGAUUUUGCGGUCAGCAGGGCCUUGGCAUAUGUUGUUUUUCAUUGUGAUCAUCUUUCUGGGAUCUUUUUACCUUGUCAACUUGAUCUUGGCCAUUGUCGCCAUGUCGUAUGAUGAGUUGCAGAAGAAGGCUGAGGAAGAAGAAGCAGCUGAGGAGGAAGCUCUGAGGGAGGCAGAGGAGGCUGCUCAGGCGCGAGAGAACAAGUUGGCGGCGCGGGCAGCAGCAGCUGAGGCUGCAGCGCACGCCGCCGCUCACCCCGAGCAGGUUGUGAAGUCUCCAUCAGAUUUCUCAUGCCAUAGUUACGAACUGUUUGUUGGUCAGGAAAAAAUAAAUGAUGAUAACAACAAGGAAAUGAGCAUCCGAUCAGAGGGAGGGGACUCGAUCAGUGAGCAUCGGUCACGCAUGGGGGGCCCCAACGGCAAGGUGCGCAAGGUCAGCGCGGUUCCCUUCCGAGACUCAAACCCACCAUUUAAAGGGCCGAUUCAUUAUGCUUAUGCAGACAGCCUGGUGAAGGUAUGUGUCCACCCCAUGGGACAGCAAGUGCACUGUUCUCCCACCACCCUUUAUUUCAAUAGUACAAUAAUAUUAAUCAGAGAGAUGCAUUUAAAAGAACUUGAAUACUUCUGAACAAAGCUUGUUUGCUGCUAGAAACACUGUUAAGUCAUUUUAAAUAUAUACUUUAUAGAAGACUUAGUUUAAACAUUUUUUGGAAGUUUUGUGUAUUAAAAAUAAGUCAAAAUACUCUAUGAAGGAAAUAUUUUUUCCUUAUAUAUUUUCUGACUUUUCAUUUAAAGGUAAUAUAGUCAGAAAUGUAUGCUUCUUGAAGUCUGUACAUGGAAGCUUCUUGAGUCUGUACAUGGAAAAAAGUAAUUGUGAAAUGAACAAAACACAAUAAAAAUGCUAAUUCUCACUUUAUUAGUAAUAUGCUGAUUCAUUAGUUGUAGUAAGAACAUACCAAGAGAUAACUGUGGAUUUUCUCGUGAUAGCAAAACUAAUAUAUGUGGAAAUA